GUUAACGAGUCCCCUCCUCCUGUUCUUCUUAUCCAGUUUACCAUUUUUCUCAUGGUAUUCUUUAAGGGAAAUUCCUUCUGAACAUUUUAAAAUAUCAUGGAUCGAGAUAACAGUCCAAGAGGACACUCGAGUGUUUCCUCGUUUUGGUUGAUCCCGGCGUACUUCCCUUCCGGACUGCACAUUUUGACGCCAUUCUCGACGGAAUAUCAUUUUUACGGCCCCAGGAGGAAGGAUUUCAUUGAUAUCCGUUUCCUCGAGGUCGCAGAUAUUGUCUGAGGUGAUUCCACGAUCUAUAAAUUAAAGAAAAAAGUCGAGAAAUAAGACAAGAGGGAGAAUGAGGUUAUGGAAGAUGAAAAAUACCUUUCAGGGCUCCGUAUUCCUCGGGUGCUACAAACUUGUGGCACAGAGCCAUCAAAUUUGGAUCGUUACAGACCUCCCCCAUAAACAAAAUUAGCAAAUUUGCGUUUACCACUUGUUUUUUAAUUUAAUUUUAUUGACACACGCGCAACUCACUUGGCAUACUUCAACUUCAUAAUCCAAUUGACUGAGAAGAAAUGUCAAAAUUAAAACUUAUUUCAACAAAAAAUGUUUAAAAUUUGUUAAAAUGUUGUUAAGAAAAGAAAACGAACAAAUUAUUGUUAGAAAUAGUUUAUUGUUGUUUUUUAGUUGGUAAAAAAAACAAUUUUUGUUAAUUUUAUCUCCUUUUUAGACGCAAUUAAUGAAAUUUUUGUUUAUUUCGUAAAUAAUCUCUUUUUAUCUCCAAAAAUAAACAAUUUUCAACAAAUUUUAACUCUCAUUCCGUUCAGUGUAUCUAUUUGUAGAUUUGUUGCUACGAAUUCAUCGAAUGCUUUAAUGGAAGAGUACGUCAAUCCACGGGUGCCAAAUUUUGUCGUAUUAGGUUUAGCGUAUUCUAAUAGAUAUUGACGCCAAGUUUUCUGCAAUGUGGAUUUGUUUUUUUUAAUUUGAAGUUAGAAUGGGUUAGGCUAUGGUAUAUUUUAAAUAUGUGGAGAAUUUUUUGGAACUUGAUUGAGAUUGUAAUUUUCGUAACUUUGUUAUUAUAAAUUUCUUUUGUGCUGCAUCUAGAAUGAAGUUCAAGAAUAACCCUCAAGAACCUAUUCUGAGCUACUUGAACCUUUUUCAGUAGGUCUUUCUUUGCUGGUCCCCACACCAGCGCUGCAUAACUCAUCACUGACUCGAACAGUCCAUGGUACACCAAGAUCCGGACCCCCACAGGCGAACCACGUCCCCCAUCGCGACGCAUAACCCCUGUAAGGGUCGAAAGACGCGCCAAGAGCAUCUCAAUGUGAAGCUCAAAACUCAGGCUGUGGUCAAUAAUGACGCCCAGAUAUUUAAAUUGAAAAACCCUUUCCAGCGUCGAGUUAUUCAUUGUCAGGUCACACCCGUCACCAGGGUUGGGCCAUUUUUUUACAUUUUACAUCGUUUUUUACACAGUAAAAAAAGCUUUUAACAUGUGCUACAUUUUUAACAUGUAAAGUUAAAAUGUAAAAAAUAUAAAAUUGAUUGAUAUUAUGCAUCAAAUAUCGAAUUCAGAUAUUUGUUUUUUACUCAAUCAAAGAUUUCGCUGUAAUCAGUAAAAAAAAUUUGCAGCUUUUUGCUGUAAAGCUCGUCGAAAACGCAUGGUGAAAUUUAUUGGCAAUCCCAAUUCAAGUUUUCUACUACCUGGUUGCACCACUGUUAUAGUAACCAUCUAAAUGACUCAUAAUUUUUGAACUUCCACAGGCUCAGGGAGUUUUCCAUUGUUCUGUGGGUUCUACUAAUUAACAAAAUUGUAAAAAUAAUUCAGAUUAAGACUUGUUUCCUACUUUUUUCAUAAUGAUAUUUUUUCUGAUAAUUUGCUAUAUACCUCGUCCAAGACAUUACAUCCCAGAAAACAAUGUCCAUGAAGAGAAUCAUGGUGCUAUUCCAAUGAAAAAAUGAGCAUGUUUUUUUAGCACAUUACUGUUCCCAAGUACUAAAAAGGAUCAUGACUGUUCCCACAUGUCUCCAAACACUGCUGUCAAAUAUUACAGUGUGAACCAAUAGUGGAGAUGAAUGUCAACAUUUCUGAUGAGUUUUUGUCUGUGAUCGGCCAGGGAAUCGUGGCCUAUUAUUUAUUGUUGGUGCUUUAUCAAAACGAUGGUAAUCAUCAAGACCUCGAACAACGAAAAUACUGGGUCCAUCCAUUUUUAAGAUGCAGAGAUGAAAAAGGUUUAUUUUCCACCAUAUAUCAAGAACUUUUGGAUGACGAGAUGAUGUUCUUCAACUAUACAAGGAUGACAAAAGAACAAUUUGAAGACUUGCUAAGUAUGGUGGAUCCUCACAUUAAGAAAGUGUCCCAGAGGAAGGCCGUCUCUACACGUGAAAUGCUUUUCAUCACCUUACGGCACCUGGCAACAGGAAGCACGCAGACCGAGUUGUCGUACAACUUUCGUGUUGGACAACCAACCCUGAGCAAAAGAAUAGGUGAAAUGACACAGGUACUAUGGGAAGUUUUAUCCCCAGUUUCUCUUAAACCACCUACUACAGAAGAGUGGAAGAAUAUUGCUAGACAGUUCUACGAAAAGUGGCAGGUACCUAAUUGUGUGGGUGCUAUAGAUGGCAAACAUUGUGUAAUGAUGGCACCUGAAAAUUCUGGUUCAGAGUUUUUCACGCACAAGAGAAAUUUCUCAAUAGUUCUGCUUGCAGUGGUUGAUGCGAACUAUAAUUUCCUAUUGGUUGAAAUUGGUGCACCCGGAAGUUACAGCGAUGGUGGGAUUUUUCAAAACAGCGAUUUUGGUAGGGAUAUUUUAAAUCAAACGAUAAAUAUUCCGGCAGAUCAGCCUCUUCCAGGACAGACAAGGAAUUUCCCUCACUACUUUGUUGCUGAUGCAGCAUUUCCAUUAAGAAGAAAUGUUAUGAAACCGUAUCCGGGGCAUGUCCUCCCACAAGAUAAGACAUAUUACAACCAAAGAAUUUCACGCGGCCGACGAAUCGUCGAAAAUGCAUUUGGAAUAUUAGCUGGAAAAUUCAGAAUUUUCCAUAAACUUAUGUAUGGAAAUGUGAACACUGUUAAAAAUCUGAUCUGUGCAUCUGUAGCGUUACAUAACUUCAUAAGGCUCACAGCACCGAAUUCAGGCAUUGCUUCCUUUAACGAUGGUUCUUCGACUUUGCUUCCAGAAUCCAUGCAGACUUUGCAUAGAGAUGAAAUUUGUGAAAAUUCUCAAAAUGUCACGACAAAUGCAAAACAAGUCAGAGAUCAACUUAAGGAAUAUUUUAAUAGAAAUAGAGUUGUUUGAAGUUUAAAUUAUCACUGUUAAUUUUGAAAAUUUUCUUCUUGAAUUCGUUUAAUAAAUUCCUGUGUUAAUGACAUGAAUUCAAGAAAUUGGCGUUCUGUGAUCUUCAGUUCUUCGAAUUUCUGAUUCAGAAAGCCAAGGUACACAGAAAGGCUUGUCGAUGAAAUAUUCAUUUUAUCUGCAGCGGCAUUUAAAAAGCGUACCAUGGCCUCCAUUCCUUGGCCAUUGACUGAUUGUUCUUCGCGUACAAAAUUAUUUUGGCAUCUUCGCCUGUUUCGAAUAGACUCACGUGUGUUGAGACUUACGCGAGGUCUUACUGGAGAUGUGGUAGGCGAUUGUGAACAAACUGUAGGCUGUGGUUGUGUAGAAUUCGGUAUUUGAUUCUGGGAUUCUCGAGAUUCAAGCAAAAGAGACGGUAAUUCUUGGAUUCUUCCCCUGGUAGUCGUAGGUAUGUUAUCAAGAUCAGUCAAAUCAACUGAUUCAGCUGUAGUGCAAACUGGAUGCUGUGAAUUUUCAGUCU